AUUCUAAACAACAUCUAAAUCAUUAUUAAAGUUUUUAUUAAGGUAUAUCACAUUUUCAGUUAUGGCAGCUAAAAAGAAGAAAGGAAAGAAAGAAAAAGGUAAGAAAAAGAGUAAAGGGAAGUCACAGAAAGGAAGUAAGUCGCCCAACAAAUCACGUGAUCUUGAGUUGGAAAAUGUCACCAGACAUCAGAUAUUGGAGUGUAAAUUGGAUGCUACCGAGAAGUCUCGCUCAGACUAUAGAGACAAAGCUCGAAAAUUGUUAGCAGAGAAUGAUCUCCUUCAAAACCAAAUGUCUGCAACCGAGAGAGAUACAAUCGAAGUGAUAUCUUACCUAAAAAAGGAAGACCUUACGAAGGAUCAAAUGAUUGAGCAGCUGCAGAAUCAAUUAAAGAACCUAAAACAGGAAUCUAGAAAAGAUCGCGAAGCUUUAAUUGAAGAUUUCACUUACCAGAUAAAUACACUCGAAAAACAACUGAGCGAUAAGAAACGUGAGGCACAGCUCAUGCAAGAUGAACUCAUGCAAAUCAAGGAAUUCCGUCGGAAGAAGAAUGAAAUGCAGCACGAACUGGACGAAAUGCGAGACCUACUUUUCCAAGAACGGAAACAGGCACGUGAGGGUAUCAACGGCAUCGAGCACAAAUAUUUUGAGGAAAAACUCAGACUCCAGUCAGAGGCAUCAAGACAGAUAGCUGAACUAGCAGAACGAGCUCACAACGAGGCAGUUCAGAACUUGGACGAAACUACUAGAAACAUCUACAGAGAGAAUGUGAGACUGACUGAGUCUCUUUCUCUUCACAUGAAAGAAUCAGAAGAACUGAAGAAGACUCUUGCUGAUCUGGAAAACAAAGUAGAAACAUUGAGCGCUUCUCAGGAGAUGAACGAGAGUAUAACCAGAGAGAAAGUGCAGCAAGUUAAAAACCAGAGAAAGAGUUUGAAAGAGAAACAGGAACGGAUUGAAGGGCUGGAGCGAAAACUUGCAGAUAUCGUUGAAGAUUCAAUUCAAGAACAGGAGAAGGUCAUUCGGCAGUGUGAUGCUCAGCUUUUUAACAGUAAUGAGGACAUUGAUACACUUCAAAAAGCACUCCAACUGAAGGAACAAGAACUGAAGCACAUCAAACGUCUUGGAAAACGAAUUCUAGAUCAGAGAACUGAUACUGAAUCGUUCUUCUUGACGGCUCUUGGUCAAGUAAAAGAGGAGAUUGUGGCUAACAGAACACAGUAUCGUAAAGAUGCCGAAGUUGCAUACCACAGCAGAAUGUUGGAAGCUCAAAAAGGAAAAGCGCCCUUCCCAAGAACACGAACGUUCAGGAAGCUGCCACACAGCACAAACAGUGUGUAUUCAGAUUUGGAGGAGGCAGAGAGAUUUGAUACUAUCGAGGAGUAUCAAGAUAUUGGCGAUCUCACUUGGGAACAAAAAGAGAAGGUACUUCGAGCAUUGUUCGCUGAGAUGAAUGGACAUGUUAAGCGCGGUAAAGACAAAACUCCAUCUGCUUCAGAAGAGAACUCCGAUUCUCUACCUCCGAUACCGCAGGACCAACCUCUAGCGGGUUUUAUUCCCAGAUUAGAGGAAGUAUCACAGACAAGACUUUCAGAAGAGAAACUUCUCGCUAUUGACACUUGAAAACAGAAUAAGGUUGAUCAGCAGGGUCUUCAAAAUGUGUGUAUCGCCUUAUCUUGUUAACUUAAUUCAGAAAUCAGUGCAGUGAGCUUAUUUUAUACGAUCAAAUGACUGGCAUGAGGCCCAGAAGAUGGAUUCUGUGAUUUAUUUAAGUAAAAUUGCUCAAAUCGUUUAAUUUGUGAGACGAAAAAUUAUUUUUUUGCCAAGCGUAUUUUAUUUGAUUGCCUAAAUCUUCAAUAUCAUAAAUAUUCUAUGAAUGUUUUAUGGUGAAGUGAGAAUUUUGUUUGUGUGAAAUACAAAAUUUUACGUAGAUUUUAUCUAUAGUUUCAUUUAGUUAAUUACAUGUUCUUUUUAUCAAA